AUCCAGGCCUCCAUGCUGCCAUGCUACAUGGGGUUUGGAUGCAGCUGAGAUGUUCCUCUUCCCAGCCCUGCCUAGUUCUGCUAGCCUAUACUGGCAGGGAGCCCCCAACAUGCCCACCGAAACAACAGGCAGAUGUUACCACUAACAGCCCACUCGCAGAAAUCCUUGACAGCAUCCACUAGAUUCUUCUGGGAUCUUGCCACCAUCAUGUCAUGACAUUGGAGAGAAUCCAAUCCUGGCUGCUAGCAGAGCAAAGGGGUGUUUUUUUUCUUGCCACUCCACAUUCCACUCAAGUUGGUGUGAGCACUGGGAGUGUCGAGUUAGCACUCCAUGAAGCCCUGCUUAGAGUUUAAGAUUGCACCUAAAAAUGUGUCAGUGUGAUAUAUUGUAGCAUAAUCAUUAUCUAAACUAAAGGCUUUGCUUCCUUAUUUGAAAAGAAAGUCAUUUCAGUCAGUGAUAAUGAACUUGUGGGCCUUCAAAUGUUGGACUCCAGUUCGUACCCUCCGUGAUCGUUGGCCGUAUCGGCUAGGACUGAGUUAAGAAACCAACAAUGUCUGGAGGGCAUCAUAUUGGGGAAAGCCUGUUUUAACAACACAAAUAUUCUGGAAUGUCACCUUUAACUGAAAGCAAGUGGCUCUGGAGACAAACACGAUUAGAAAUAAGAGCAGCAGAUAAAAUCACAACAGAGUCAUUGGCAGCAAGAGGGACCAAAACCAGUCCAAGAUAAUUAAGCUCUCAUAAAAGCCUGCUGAAAUAGGAGAGUUUUCAAAUGGCACCAAAGAUUCAUCAGAGCUGGUGCCAAUUGUAUGCCAAGGGGGAGGGUAUUUCAUAGUUGGGAUACCUUUGCAGAAUAAGCCCAUGGGUUAUCAGAUGUCUCUUGCAUGUGAGACAAUGAUAAGCUAAGUGAGCAAACUUCUAAAAUAACAAAUAGAAAAGAUUUUUCAACCCGAUUAAAGGACCCCUCUUUCCCACAAAACUUCCUAUAUAUGAUUUAAGAAAUCAAGAGCAGGCUGUGGACGUAGAAAUUUCCUCCUCCAGCUGCCCCAAUUUCUGCAGCCUUUUCCUUAUAGUUUCAAGCAUUGCUGAAGGACAUAAUCUGCAUUAGCCAUAAAUAUUAAUUUGGCUUGGCAAAAUUAGAGCAAACCUCACUGGCAUUAACAGUGGUGAGAGAAACGAUCUCUUAACUCUGUGUUAACAAAAAUGCAAAAGUAUCUAUCUAUCUUUAAUAUCCAUAAGUGAUCUGUGUUGUGAAAUUCUGUUCAGUCAUGUUGUUAUAUGUACAAGUGGCAGGGGCAACAAAAUGUAGCAACGUAUUCUUACUUCCUAACAUUGGUAUUCCUGCUCAGGGUGCCAGCCACGCCCUCCUUCAACAAGCCAUUCUGCAACUGCUUGCCACCAUUCUAUGGCUACUGAGCAUGUGCAGUCCUCAUAGGGUUGACGUGAAGUUUCUUGUCCCAUUGGUGUGGGCAUUUUUAUUUGUUGCCCCUCUGCAGAAUUCAGGGUUCCCAUUGAGCAUGCUGCUACUUCUCUAUAGGGCUUUUUUUUAGCCAGAACUCAGUUCUGGCACCUCUCAGAUGGGCACCAUGGCCAUUAUAAGAGAACAAGGGAGGCAUCUGUGGGGAGUUCCGGCACCUCUUUUUCUAGAAAAAUAGCACUGCUCUCCCAUUUUGGGUACAACUUGGUUGGCACUCAGCACACGAGUUCUCUCUUAGAAGGAGUGACGUGAAUUUGCAAAAGAAAGAAGACCUCCAAAUGAGGUGCUGCAAUAAUUCUUUUUUUUUAAAAGCCUUUAUCAUCUACUUCAAAUGCUUAAUUUUUAUUUUGAAGCUACUGUUUGAAAAAAUGCUGAUUUCGUUUUGUUUCCAUUCACCAGUUCAUCUUUCAAGGUGCAAUAAAAAACACCAAAAAACACACAUUUCAUUCUGUCUGGUUUUGGAGGCAAGAGGCUUUGGAAACCAGCAGCGGUUGCAGGAAGUCCUACGGUGAGCAAAUUUGAUUUGUUGCGAGCGUGGCAGAGCUCUUUCACAUCCCCUCACGCCUCCAGUCUGGCUCACUUUCUUGAGGUAACUGAAGCAUUUCUACAUGAGCCUCCGCAAGCCGAAUUAAGAAGCUGCUGAAACGGCACCAGAAAAACAGUUUCAUCUCGGCGGAUCGGCUUUCUUUUCCACGAUGACUAUGAAGUGAAGCUACAUUCCAGGCCAUGUACGCAGGUAGCUUUGCAAUGCUCUCCCUCUUUCUGAUGCUGAUGCUGGAGAAUACGUGGGCACAUGGGAAUGAAAACUGCACUAUUUCUGUCCAAAGGGGAACCAACCACACGAUAAAAGCUGGCGUUUCAUUCAGUAUAAAGUGCCCAGUGAUGGAUUGCCAAGAGAAUCUUACGAUAAAUUGGUACAGGAACGGUGAAAUUCUGCCUCAGGGACAAAGACACAAUAUUUCCAGGGAAGGCCAUGAUUUUGUUUUGCAUUUUUCUCCUAUUUCCAAGAAUGACAGUGGACGCUAUCAAUGUCAAGCUACUAUGGGGAAAAGCCUACUCUCAGGUCAUGAAAUAGAAGUCAUUGUACAAGAAUCUGAAAAUGCUGCUGCAGAAGAUAAUGAAGCAGCUGGAAAGGACAUGAAGCUGAUUAUUUAUUUCCUGUCAUUCCUGGGACCACUGUGCCUCUUCAUUUUGAGCUGCUUGGGCCUGCUGUGCUGCAUAAGGAAGCAUCAAGUGAACAGCAAUAAGGGCCCAUCAAUCUCGCAAAGUGAAAUGAAUGUGCUUAAUAGCAAUGCAGAUGCCCAAUGCAGCAAUGUCUCCCAUACGAUACCUGCACUUCAUCAAGCUGCUGAGCCUUAUGUGCUGCAAUUUCCAGAUAAUGACCCCAUCUACGGCAAUCAGUGCAAUUGCUGGAAUGCCACCAGGGCACCACCCAAGCCUACAUGUGAUGAAUGUGUCUCCAAUACCCAGCAACUCUUACCUCAAAAGAAGGAAGCCCUUAUUUAUGCAACACUGAGCUAUGGGGAACCUGUUCAGAGACAUGAGCAUUCUGCUGAGACAGAGUUUACAGAAUAUGCUGCCAUUGGGCUGAAUCACUAAAUGUGGACAACCGCUCAUUGUUUAGCAUAAUAUAGCUUCUUCCACUGUGACUCUGCAAGCUUUCUCACCAGCUCCACUCUGAUCAUUGCUUAGUGCAUGGGUAUUGCACCAUCUAUUCCCACUAGGAGCAUGUGUUUAUUCAUAGAUGCUAUUUAUUAUUUUGGGGUUGUUAAAAUGACUCUCAUGCUGAUGUUAUCUAUUCUGUUUUCAUAAGCUGCUCUGCAAGUCCUAGUUUCCAGAAACCUUGAUCUAAUCCAGGCACCCCCAAACUUCAGCCCUCCAGAUGUUUUGGACUACAAUUCCCAUCAUCCCUGACUACUGGUCCUCUUAGCUAGGGAUCAUGGGAGCUGUAGGCCAAAACAUCAGGAGGGCCACAGUUUGGGGAUGCCUGAUCUAAUCAAACCACAUUAUGGUUGGUUGCAUAAGCAGCCUAGCGCUUUAUUACUAAAUCCCUUCAGCAAAGAGGGACAAAUCAUGUAAGCAAAUCACCAUCACUACCUAGCUUCCCAUAGAAUUGGGUGGUUUAGGAAUACUACAACAAAAAGAAAAAUUCUGAGAAAUUGCCACUUUUGUCAACUUUAGUUUGCACUUCCAGUUUACUAAAAGACUGCAGGAGAUAAGAGGCCCAUCCAGACUUGCAUUUCCCCCGCUGCUUUCCCCCAGUAAAACCCAAUCUUUACCAGUGAAUCGAAGCAAUAAGGUUUUCUCUGAAUUGAUGUUUGUUCUGAAUUAGCACUAAAGAGCAGGUUUUCCAGGGGAAAGUGGCAGAACAAAGAUAAAACUGCUUGGACUCAUGCCAGGAGAAGCUUUCGAGGCAUGGACAGGCAGAAGUGAGAACAUGCCCUCUCAGAGCACUUCAAAAUAGUUGCUAUUUUCAGGUGGGAUUCAACCACAUGCCAACAAAUUCAGGUCAUGCAGUUAAAAUGAUUUGGAGCUUUUGCAUAACAAACUCCCUUCCCCCAACAGACUGGACUUUUUGCAAUAAGGAAAGCGACAGGGAAAUGCACUGGAAAGUGUCCUUUGACAUAACGUCAUCAAACUCCCUCGCAAAUGACAAUAAAUGCUCAUUCGAUAGCCAGUGUCAUCUAAUCUCCCUGCCAACAAGUCAGGAUGAAUGCCCAAUAAUCUGGUCAUCUGGAAGUGUGUUCAGUGAGUAGAAUGAAUGUAUACAUUUUCUACUGACUGAAAGGCAAAUUAGCAAAACUUUAAUCAUGUAUUUCAUUGAUCUCAUCUACAACUAGUGAUAUCCCAAGUCAGGGUAUUAAGCAAAAGAAUUUUGAGGCUAAAUGAACCAAUUACUGUAUAGAUUAUAGUAAUUGUCUCCACUAGGAAUGAACUGGAAAAGGAACUAGAUGUGUACAAUAAAUUAUGGUUGAUAGAUAAAUGAUUGCUACUCACUGGCACUGCAGAUGCUGAAAUGGAUGCCAGCAUAGCCCACAAACUGGUUUAAAAGGCGGUGGGGUGAGCAAAUUCAUGGAGGUUAGAGCUAUCAAAUGUUCCCAGUGGCUAUAUGUGUUCCUUUCAUGCUCAGCGUUCAUAAGUCUUUGAAUACAAGCUGCUGAGGAACAAAAGCAGGAUAGCACUCAUAUAUUAAGCUUGUAGACAUCUCCAGGGACAUCUCAUUGGCCACUGUAACAAACUAGGAUUCUAGACUUGGUCUUUGAUCUGAACCAGCAGGAACCUUCUUAUGUUCUCUUUGCUUAUUUAAUAAUGGCAUCCCCUGCCUGUUUGAUCCAAUGUCCAUGUAGGGUGGCCAUAUGAAGGAGAUGGCAGUUUGUGUAGAAAAGGGAAUUGCAGUAGGCUUCACUUUCCAAGAGGAGCCCUCUGUGCUUCUUCAUUUAGCCAGCACAUGUUCAAAGCAACCCAAGGAACCAACCAUCAAUAAUUAGAAAGCUGAGUGAGAUAACAUCAAGAAGUGGGAUCGUAAAACCAGCAGCAUAAGUCAAGCAGGGGUAAAUAAAAUGGUGCUUAGCUGGAGCACAAAGGGGGGCAGUAUAGGUGACUCUGGGAAGGACAUUGCAUGGACAGGCGGAGUCCCCCCAACCCCAGGCGACCCCCGAGAGGAAUAAUGACUCAAGACAACAUGCUAUGGGAUUAAAAUUGGCCACAACUUUAUUAAAUUUCAGAUGUAGGGAGACCUGGGAUCUGGGAGGCUGUUUGCGACCACGCAAAAGGCACCCACCAUUUGAUGUCGGGAGCGGUCAUUUCCCUUGAAUAGGUCCAGUACCCAGUUGC